UCAGGAGGAGAACCGAUCUCUGGAGUUAUGCCUGGGCUCCGGAAACGUACAGCUCCCCUCUCCCCCGUCACCCUCCUGCUUUUUUCCCUCUCCCUGGCUUGACUUCACCUCUCUUUGGCUCUAAAGGGGAGAGACGAUCAGCUGAGCUGGGGCGUGCGUUAUGGUGCGCCUUUGCGCAUUAUUCCCGGACCUUUAAGAGAGUAUUUUUCCCUCUUUUUUUUGCAAUUUUCCUUGCACUAAAAUGAUGCAGGCUUGUGUUUGUGGACAGGAUGAGAGGGCAGGUUUUCCAGCCCGCGUCUCCUCCUGAGUCUCUGCGUGAAGGCGCUGAAUAAAUCGGGGCUGGCUGGAAAGGAAGAAAGAAAGAAAGGGGGGGAUUGCAGUAAGAAGCUUUUUUUUUUUCUCUCAGCAAUUCUUCUGUCAAUGUGCCAGUUCAAUCAGCUACGCAGAGUCUCACUGAUUUGAGCCGGUUCGACUUAUUUUUUCUUCUCAAGGACUGUUUGCUUUUCUACCCUUUUAGGAUUUUUUUGACAUUUGGGAGGAUCAAAGUGGAAUCCCUGUGCAUCAUGGUCCCUUUUUAGUGCCACAUACCGGUGGUGUGCGUUUGAGCUUGUGUGUUUGUGUUUAUGUGUGAGUGAAUGAAUGCUUCUACCCCCCCUCGCCCCCCGCUCCCCCUCCCAGCCCCGCAGUGAGAACUCACUCCCUCCUUUUUCUCCCAUCCUGCCGAGGCUCCUGCUGCACAGUUAAAUGCUGGAUCUAUAUUUCAACGACCUUUUUCGCCUGUAAAAAUGCUGAGUGGCAUCCUGCUUCUGAGCGUUCUCACGGUCACCAGCCUGUCGCCGUCGGAAACGGAGAGCCGCAAAACUUCAGCCUUCAAAGACAUCUGCAAGGCGCGCUGCGCCUGCGAGGAACGGGAGAACAUCAUGAACAUCAACUGCGAGAGCAAAGGAUUUACCAGCGUCAGCCAGUUCCAGGCACCCCCCAACAAAAUCUCCCAGCUCUUUUUGAACGGUAACUUUCUGUCACGGCUCGGUGCCAACGAGUUUGUCAAUUACGGCAAUGUCACCUCGCUGCACCUGGGGAAUAACGGCUUGCAGGAGAUCAGGACCGGAGCCUUUAACGGCCUCCGCUCGCUGAAGCGGCUCCAUUUAAACAACAACAACUUGGAAAUGAUUAAAGAGGACACGUUUGCAGGACUGGAGAGUUUGGAGUAUUUACAAGCGGACUAUAAUUACAUCAGCACCAUCGAGCCGGGCGCUUUUAGCAAGCUGAACAAACUCAAAGUGUUGAUCCUCAACGACAACCUGCUGUUGUCUCUGCCGCCAAACAUUUUCCGCUUUGUCCUCCUCACUCAUUUGGAUUUACGUGGCAACCGGCUGAAGAUGCUGCCGUUUGCUGGUGUUCUGGAGCACAUUGGUGGGAUCAUGGAGAUCCAGCUGGAGGAGAACCCCUGGAACUGCACCUGCGACCUCAUCCCCCUCAAGUCCUGGCUGGACACCAUCUCUGUGUUUGUGGGGGACAUAGUGUGUGAGACGCCGUUCAGGCUGCAUGGGAAAGACAUCACGCAGCUGAUCAAGCAGGACCUGUGCCCCCGCAGGAACGCAGGGGAGCGUCUCCACAGCCCCUCCGACUCCCACUUCCAGGGGGCCCUGCCCCCCACCUACUACCCGGGCAAUGUCAACCCCACUCGCGCUCCCAAAGCUUCUCGUCCGCCCAAAAUGCGCUACAGGACCACCCCUCGGGUUUCCAAGGACAGGCACGUCUUUGGGCCCAUCAUGGUCUACCAGACGCGCUCCCCCGUCCCCAUGCUGUGUCCCAGCGUGUGCGUUUGCACGUCACAGAACCCGGACAGCGGGCUCAACAUCAACUGUCAGGAGAGGAAGCUGCACAACAUCAGCGAGCUCAACCCCAAGCCCUCCUACCCAAAGAAGCUCCACUUGACCGGGAACUAUUUACAAGUGGUUUACAGAAAGGAUCUGACUGAGUAUAGCUCACUGGAGCUGCUGCAUUUAGGGAAUAACAGGAUUGCAAGGAUUCAGGAAGGCGCUUUUGAGAAUCUCACAAACCUCAGACGGCUCUACCUGAAUGGGAAUUACAUCGAGUCGCUUUCUCAGUCUCUGUUCGCAGGCCUGCAGUCACUGCAGUAUCUGUAUUUGGAAUAUAACAUCAUCAAAGAGAUUUCGCCACAGACAUUUAAUUCCCUGCAAAACCUCCAACUGCUUUUUCUUAACAACAAUCUGCUGAGGUCGCUUCCUGACAAUGUUUUUGGGGCCACCAUGCUGACGCGGCUCAACCUUAGGAACAAUCACUUCUCCCACCUGCCGGUGCGGGGGGUUCUGGACCAGCUGUCGGCCUUCAUCCAGAUCGACCUGCAGGAGAACCCCUGGGACUGCACCUGCAACAUCGUGGCACUCAAGAACUGGAUGGAGCUUUCCAGCACUAGCGUGGUGGUGAAUGAGAUCACGUGUGAUUCGCCCUCUAAGCACGCAGGGCGUCUGCUGCGGUCGCUCCGUAACGAGGCGAUCUGCCCCGAGCCAAGCAACGCCUCCCCAUCCCAGUACACCCCGCCUACUAAAGCCCUGACGUUAAUCAGUCCCAGCACUGAAGCCGCUACGCCGUUCUCUUCUUCUUCUGCUUCUUCUUCGUCUUCUUCUCGUUCUUCUCCUUCUCCUUCUUCUUCUUCUUCCUCUUCUUCUCUGUCUCUCUUAAGCUCUGUGGGCCCCACUGAAUCCCAGCUCUACGGUCCGGAGUUACACUCCGAAGUCCCGCUCUCGGUCCUGAUCCUGGGGCUGCUGGUGGUUUUUAUCCUGUCCGUCUGCUUCGGCGCGGGCCUCUUCGUUUUCGUUCUCAAACGGCGCAAAGGGGUGGAGCACGUUCCCACCGGCGCCAACAACCUGGACCUCAACUCCUUCCAAGUGCAGUACGGCUCGUACGCCCCGGAACUGACCCGAGACAAAAGCUCCGAGACCCACGUGUAUAACUACAUCCCCCCGCCGGUGGGCUCCAUGUGCCAGAACCCCAUCUACAUCCAGAAAGACGGGGAACAGGUGGCGUAUUACCGCAACCUGAAGGAGCUCAGCUUCGGGCCCCUGGACGCAAAGAAGGACGACGUCCUGAGCCGCAGCCCGGGCACCUACACCAUCAACACGGUGGACUUUAUGGAUAAAUCCCCAACGCUGUGCGGGUUGGCCACGCCGGAGCCCCCGGAGAUGCUGUACCAGAACAUCGGGGAGAGGCCCAACAAAGAGCUGCCCAUGAGCGCGGGCGCCCCGCCGUUCACGUACAACUUUUGCACGUUACCUAAGAGACCCUGCAUCGUGCCCCCCUACGAGGCCGCCACGGCCCGGCGGCACGUCGCCAACCAGGACAGGCUGAACAAAACGGUGCUGUACGGGACCCCGAGGAAGUACUACGGGCUGGAACACCCUUCCAAAAACAACGAGCACCCUGCACUGCUGCUCCCCGGGAAGCUAAAGACAGAGCCCGACUACCUGGAGGUUCUGGAGAAACAGACUGCAAUGAGCCAACUGUAAAAUAGCAGCGUCGCUCGCAGGUUCUGUGCAGCAUUCAUAAUAAUCACAGAGUUACUGUAACAAUCUCUAUAUAUCCACCUUAUCUAUCUGUGUUCAAUCCCACAUGAUGAACUGGAGGUGAACUAAUGCUUUCAAUGAUCUUUUUCUCACGUCUUUUUCUUCUCUUUUUUCGUUUCAAGAUGUAUAAAAAGCAUAUAAGAAAUACAGUAUAUUAUUAUGCAGAAAUGAUAAACUAUUUCCUUUCUCUUUUGAAAAAUGAGAUUUUAAAAGACACACAGCAGUGUUUUCAUGAACCUGACCUUGUUUUUUGUUUCCCUGUAACAAAGAGAACAUAUGAAAUCAUUAUUCCUUGUAGACGAGCUACAGAUUGACAUUCCUGUACAUACUUUAGCCUACAGAGAUAAAUGGUGAGUGUUCAAGGGAAAUCUUAGAAACCCAACAUGCGGCAAAUUUCACUAAUCCAGAAAGUGCCUUUGCACUCCAAUAUUUUAUCAUUGACGCCCUCUGCAAAAUGGAAUUGUUCUUCUUGUUUUUCCUUUUUUGGUGGGAGAGUGAUGUACUUUAAUGGAUAAAAAAAUCUUUAUGUAAAAUAGAAGACUUAUUUGUCUGUUUAAAAAAAAAAAGAGUCUGGCUGUGAAACCAUGUUAUUUUGCUUUCAUUAUGAAGUGUCUUUGGAACAAUACAGAGAACAUUGUAUGCUGAAGGAGAGCAAUACAGUGUGGCAAGAUUG